UAUAACUACAAUGCUUCUCAAGAUGUGGAGCUCUCCUUGCAGAUCGGCGACACUGUGCACAUCCUGGAGAUGUACGAGGGUUGGUACAGAGGAUAUACCCUCCAAAAUAAAUCUAAAAAGGGUAUUUUUCCAGAAACGUAUAUCCAUCUGAAAGAGGCAACUGUGGAAGACCUAGGGCAGCAUGAGACAGUGAUUCCUGGUGAACUGCCACUGGUGCAGGAGCUCACAUCGACUCUGCGAGAAUGGGCUGUCAUCUGGCGCAAGCUCUACGUGGACAACAUGGUCACACUCUUCCGCCAGCUGCAGCAGAUGACCUACAGCCUGAUUGAGUGGCGCUCCCAGAUCCUGUCUGGGACGCUCCCCAAGGAUGAACUGGCAGAGCUCAAGAAGAAGGUCACAGCCAAAAUCGAUCAUGGGAACAGAAUGCUUGGGUUAGAUCUUGUAGUGCGAGAUGACAACGGGAACAUCUUGGACCCAGAUGAAACCAGCACCAUCGCCCUCUUCAAGGCCCAUGAAGUGGCCUCAAAAAGGAUUGAGGAAAAGAUCCAAGAAGAGAAGUCAAUUCUGCAGAACCUGGACUUGCGGGGCCAGUCUGUCUUCAGUGCCGUCCACACCUACGGCCUCUAUGUGAACUUUAAGAACUUCGUCUGUAACAUCGGGGAAGAUGCAGAAUUAUUCAUGGCUCUCUAUGACCCAGACCAGUCCACUUUCAUCAGUGAGAACUAUCUAAUUCGUUGGGGCAGUAAUGGGAUGCCCAAGGAAAUAGAGAAGCUCAAUAACCUUCAAGCAGUGUUUACUGAUCUCAGCAGCACAGACCUCAUCCGGCCCCGCAUCAGCCUCGUGUGCCAGAUUGUCCGAGUGGGCCACAUGGAGCUGAAGGAGGGCAAGAAGCACACCUGUGGACUCCGAAGACCUUUUGGAGUAGCAGUGAUGGAUAUUACCGAUAUCAUACAUGGGAAGGUGGACGAUGAAGAAAAGCAGCAUUUUAUUCCCUGUCAGCAGAUUGCCAUGGAAACCUACAUCCGCCAGAGGCAGCUCAUCAUGUCACCCUUGAUAACAUCCCAUGUGAUUGGGGAGAAUGAGCCUCUCACCUCAGUCUUAAAUAAAGUGAUAGCAGCGAAGGAAGUGAAUCACAAAGGACAAGGGCUUUGGGUAUCCUUGAAACUAUUGCCAGGUGACCUCACACAGGUUCAGAAGAAUUUUUCACAUUUGGUUGAUAGAUCAACAGCAAUAGCCCGAAAAAUGGGCUUUCCUGAAAUAAUCCUGCCAGGAGAUGUUCGGAAUGAUAUUUAUGUCACCCUGAUCCAUGGGGAGUUUGACAAAGGGAAAAAGAAGACGCCAAAGAACGUGGAGGUGACCAUGUCUGUGUAUGAUGAAGAGGGUGAGCUCUUAGAGAAAGCAAUUCAUCCUGGUGCUGGAUACGAAGGCAUUUCAGAAUACAAGUCAGUAGUCUAUUACCAAGUCAAGCAGCCCUGUUGGUAUGAGACUGUCAAGGUAUCCAUUGCAAUAGAAGAGGUCACACGCUGUCAUAUCAGGUUUACCUUCCGGCACAGGUCAUCUCAGGAAUCCAGAGAUAAGUCGGAACGAGCAUUCGGGGUGGCCUUCGUGAAACUGAUGAACCCUGACGGCACCACUCUGCAGGACGGGAGGCACGAUCUGGUGGUUUAUAAGGGCGACAACAAGAAAAUGGAAGAUACCAAAUUCUACCUGACCCUGCCCGGGACUAAAGCAGAACUAGAAGAAAAAGAGCUCCAGCCAUCCAAAAACCUGGCCGGCUUUACCCCAAGCAAGGAGAGCACAAAGGAUAGCUUUCAGAUUGCCACCCUCAUUUGUUCCACGAAGCUCACCCAGAAUGUCGACCUAUUAGGUUUGUUAAAUUGGCGUUCCAACUCCCAGAACAUUAAACACCACCUAAAGAAGUUAAUGGAGGUGGAUGGAGGAGAGAUUGUUAAGUUUUUGCAAGAUACACUAGAUGCACUUUUUAACAUAAUGAUGGAGAUGUCAGACAAUGAGACAUACGACUUCCUUGUGUUUGAUGCACUGGUAUUUAUUAUUUCACUGAUAGGAGACAUCAAGUUCCAGCAUUUUAAUCCUGUCCUGGAAACCUACAUUUACAAGCACUUCAGUGCCACUUUGGCAUACGUGAAACUCUCCAAGGUACUGAACUUUUAUGUGGCUCAUGCAGAUGACUCCAGCAAGACAGAAAUGCUUUUUGCAGCUUUGAAAGCCUUGAAGUACUUGUUUAGGUUCAUCAUCCAGUCUCGAGUGCUCUACUUGAGAUUUUACGGCCAGAGCGAAGAUGGAGAUGAGUUUAAUGAUUCCAUCCGCCAGCUAUUUCUCGCUUUCAAUACGCUGAUGGACAGGCCUCUGGAGGAAGCCGUCAAAAUCAAGGGGGCAGCUUUGAAGUACCUUCCAAGCAUAAUUAAUGAUGUCAAGCUUGUGUUUGAUCCUGGUGAGCUCAGUAUGCUCUUCUGCAAAUUCAUUCAAAGCAUUCCUGACAACCAGUUAGUUCGGCAGAAACUCAACUGCAUGACCAAAAUAGUAGAGAGCAGUCUUUUUCAGCAAUCAGAGUGCAGAGAUGUGCUGUUGCCACUGCUGACAGACCAGCUCAGCGGCCAAUUGGAUGACAACUCCAGCAAGCCUGACCAUGAGGCCAGCUCGCAGCUUCUGAGCAGCAUCCUGGAGGUGCUGGACAGGAAGGAUGUGGGCCCCACGGGAAAGCAUGUGGAGGUGAUAAUGGAACGGCUGCUGAGAAGGAUCAACCGCACAGUGAUCGGGAUGAGUCGACAGUCUCCGCACAUCGGGAGUUUUGUGGCUUGCAUGAUUGCCAUCCUACGGCAGAUGGAGGACAGCCACUACAGCCACUAUAUCAGCACUUUCAAAACCAGACAGGACAUCAUCGACUUCCUCAUGGAAACUUUCAUCAUGUUUAAGGACCUCAUUGGGAAAAAUGUCUAUGCCAAAGAUUGGAUGGUCAUGAAUAUGACACAGAGUAGGGUUUUUCUCCGUGCUAUAAAUCAGUUUGCUGAAGUUCUCACGAGAUGCUUCAUGGAUCAGGCAAGCUUCGAACUUCAGCUCUGGAACAAUUACUUCCAUUUGGCGGUAGCAUUUCUCACCCAUGAGUCUCUUCAGCUUGAAACCUUCUCACAAGCCAAGCGCAACAAAAUUGUCAAAAAAUACGGGGACAUGAGAAAGGAGAUCGGCUUUCGGAUCCGGGACAUGUGGUAUAACCUGGGUCCCCACAAAAUCAAAUUUAUUCCAUCCAUGGUGGGUCCCAUUCUGGAGGUCACUCUGACACCCGAAGUAGAACUCCGUAAAGCCACUAUCCCUAUUUUCUUUGAUAUGAUGCAGUGUGAGUUCAAUUUAAGUGGAACUGGCAAUUUCCAUAUGUUUGAGAAUGAGUUAAUCACAAAGCUGGACCAAGAAGUAGAAGGGGGCAAAGGAGAUGAACAAUACAAGAUUCUUCUGGAAAAACUGCUCCUGGAACAUUGCCGGAAACAUAAGUACCUCUCCAGCUCCGGGGAGGUUUUUGCACUCCUGGUCAGCAGCCUCUUGGAGAACCUGUUGGACUACAGAACCAUCAUCAUGCACGAUGAGAGCAAGGAGAACCGCAUGAGCUGUACGGUGAAUGUGCUGAAUUUCUAUAAAGAGAAGAAGAGAGAGGACAUAUACAUAAGAUAUUUGUACAAGCUUCGGGAUCUGCACCGAGACUGUGAGAACUACACGGAGGCUGCCUACACGCUUCUCUUACACGCAGAGCUUCUGCAGUGGUCUGACAAGCCCUGUGUGCCUCAUUUACUUCAGCGGGACAGUUACUAUGUUUAUACCCAGCAAGAGCUCAAAGAGAAGCUGUAUCAAGAAAUCAUAUCAUAUUUUGACAAAGGCAAAAUGUGGGAGAAGGCGAUCAAACUGAGCAAAGAGUUGGCUGAGACUUACGAGAGCAAAGUGUUUGACUACGAGGGCCUUGGCAACCUCCUGAAAAAAAGAGCCUCAUUUUAUGAGAACAUCAUUAAGGCAAUGAGGCCUCAGCCUGAAUACUUUGCUGUUGGAUACUACGGACAGGGCUUUCCUUCUUUCCUACGGAACAAAAUCUUCAUCUACCGGGGAAAGGAGUAUGAGAGGCGAGAAGACUUCAGCCUGAGGCUGCUGACCCAGUUCCCCAAUGCCGAGAAGAUGACCAGCACCACACCCCCAGGAGAAGACAUCAAAUCCUCCCCGAAGCAGUACAUGCAGUGCUUCACCGUAAAGCCAGUGAUGAGUCUGCCUCCCAGCUACAAAGAUAAGCCAGUUCCAGAGCAGAUCUUAAACUACUACCGAGCCAACGAAGUGCAGCAGUUCAGAUAUUCCCGGCCAUUCCGGAAAGGAGAAAAGGAUCCAGACAAUGAAUUUGCUACUAUGUGGAUUGAACGGACCACGUACACGACCGCAUAUACCUUUCCUGGGAUUCUCAAGUGGUUUGAAGUCAAACAGAUUUCCACAGAAGAAAUCAGCCCUUUGGAAAAUGCCAUAGAAACUAUGGAAUUGACCAAUGAGAGGAUCAGCAACUGUGUUCAGCAGCAUGCCUGGGACCGGUCCCUGUCGGUGCACCCGCUCUCCAUGCUGCUCAACGGCAUUGUGGACCCAGCUGUCAUGGGGGGCUACUCCAACUACGAAAAGGCUUUUUUUACCGAAAAGUACUUGCAGGAGCAUCCUGAAGACCAGGAAAAGGUUGAGCUGCUCAAGCGACUAAUAGCAUUACAGAUGCCUCUGCUGACUGAAGGGAUCCGCAUCCAUGGGGAGAAGCUGACGGAGCAGCUCAAGCCGCUGCAUGACCGCUUGUCUUCCUGCUUCCGGGAGCUGAAGGAGAAAGUAGAAAAGCUCUAUGGGGUUAUCACACUGCCAGCCAACCUGACUGAGAGGAAGCAAAGCCGCACGGGGUCUAUCGUGCUCCCAUACAUCAUGUCUUCUACUUUGCGAAGGCUGUCCAUUACCUCGGUGGCUUCCUCUGUGGUUUCCACUUCUUCAAACUCAUCUGAUAAUGCUCCUUCCAGACCAGGAUCUGAUGGGUCAGUCCUGGAACCACUUUUAGAGAGGAGGGCCUCCUCUGGUGCCAGAAGUGAAGACCUGCCCCUCAAAGAGGACAAUGAAAACCGGAUCAGCAAGUUCAAGAGAAAAGACUGGACUUUGAGCAAGUCUCAGGUCAUCUCGGAGAAAGCUGCAGAACCUGAUUUGAUGAGCCCAACCCGAAAAGCUCAAAGACCCAAGAGUCUCCAGCUGUCGGACAAUCGGCUAACACCGUUUCAUUGUUCUUCACCUCCUCAGUCAACACCCUUGAGCCCACCUCCACUCACUCCUAAAGCCACCAGGACCCUAAGCUCCCCAUCUUUGCAGACAGAUGGGCUGGUGACUGCUCCUGUCCCACCUCCUCCUCCCCCCAAAAGCAAGCCCUAUGAAAGCAGCCAGAGGAACUCCACAGAGAUCCCUCCACCACUGCCAGUCCGAAGAGAAGCCAAAGCCCCACCUCCACCACCUCCCAAAACUCGGAAAUCUGGC